AUGGAUAUAUGGAAUCGUGCAUCUUCUGGUGGUGCUUCUUCCAUUAACAAGGCACCGUUGGAUUUUUCAAAUACGGUGAUGGAGAAGGCUCAUUUUGAACAACAAGGGAGAGUUCGUGUUGAUGAGAAAAAUUUAGAUGUGGACCAUAGAGAAGUUUACUUCUUGAUUAUGCAUUUUCUAUCUUCUGGGCCAUUCCAUAGGACUUCUAGACAAUUCCGGGAUGAAGUUUUAGAACAUGAGCUUCUACCAAGAAGAUAUCAUGCUUGGUUUUCAAGAAGUGGUGCACAUAGCAGGAAUGAUAGCGAUGAUGGUGUCUCUCUUCCUUUAAGUUAUGAUAAAUUGGCAGAAAGGUAUCGUCAUAUUGAGAAGGAUCAUUUGGUAAAGCUUCUGAAACAAUUGCUGCUGAACACAGACUCUAUGCUUGGCGAGGCUGGAGGGAAUAGCCUAAAUGCAGCUCAUGUUCCUACAAUACUGGGAUCUGGUGAGAGGAGUAUGCAUAAGCAAGCUAAGCCCCUGCCAACGAACCUGCGUUGGCCUCACAUGCAGAUUGAUCAGGUGCAUGGGCUGAGUUUAAGGGAAAUUGGAGGAGGUUUUGCAAAGCACCAUCGUGCUCCAUCCAUUCGCUAUGCUUGUUAUGCCAUUGCUAAGCCAUUGACGAUGGUGCAGAAGAUGCAAAAUACAAAGAAGUUAAGGGGACACCGCACUGCUGUCUAUUGUGGAUAUGGUCGCGCAAUAUUUGAUCGCUCAGGGAGGUAUGUUAUUACUGGUUCGGAUGAUCGUCUUGUCAAGAUUUGGUCAAUGGAGACUGCAUUUUGCCUGGCCAGCUGCAGAGGACACGAAGGUGACAUUACUGACUUGGCUGUAAGUUCAAACAAUGCUUUAGUGGCAUCCGCUUCCAAUGAUUUUGUCAUUCGAGUGUGGCGCUUGCCAGAUGGGAUGCCCAUUUCAGUCUUGCAGGGCCACACUGGAGCUGUUACUGCCAUUGCAUUUAGUCCCAGGCUGGGCUCUGUGUCAUCAGAUGAUGGAACUUGUCGAAUUUGGGAUGCUAGAUAUUCCCAAUGUAGUCCACGAAUUUAUGUGCCAAAGCCUUCAGAUGCUCUUACUGGGAAGAGCAGUGGUGCUUCUAGUAAUGGACCUUCCUCAAGUAAUGGUCCACAGAGCAAUCAGAUAUUGUGUUGUGCAUACAAUGCCAAUGGAACUGUUUUUGUCACUGGAAGCUCUGAUACUUACGCUAGGGUUUGGAAUGCCUGUAAAUCUAACACAGAUGAGUCAGAGCAACCUAUACAUGAGAUGGAUGUAUUAUCUGGCCAUGAGAAUGAUGUCAAUUAUGUUCAAUUCAGUGGCUGUGCUGUGGCUCCCAGAUCUUCAAUGUCUGACACUUUGAAGGAGGAUAGUGUUCCAAAAUUUAAAACUUCCUGGUUCUGUCAUGACAAAAUAGUUACCUGUUCCCGUGAUGGCAGUGCAAUCAUAUGGAGACCUAUAUCACGGAGAUCGCAUGUGAGGAAAAUCUGUACGUUGGACAAUGUCUUAUCAUCUGAAAGUUCCACCUCCUCCACUACCUCCACAACCUCUUCGGGGGGACCGCGCCAGAGAAUUCUUCCAACUCCUCGCGGUGUUAAUAUGAUUGUGUGGAGUCUUGAUAAGCGCUUUGUCUUAGCAGCUUCUUAUGUUUUAGAUGUUCAUCCUUUCAACCCUCGGAUAGCUAUGAGUGCUGGGUAUGAUGGUCGAACGAUAGUGUGGGAUAUAUGGGAAGGCAUUCCAAUUCGCAUAUAUGAAAUUGGCCGUGUCAAGUUGGUUGAUGGGAAGUUUUCUCCGGAUGGGACGUCAGUUGUGCUUUCUGAUGAUGUUGGUCAAAUACACUUGCUAAACACAGGCCAGGGUGAGUCUCAAAAGGAUGCCAAAUAUGACCAGGAUGGUUGUUUUGGUUAUAUUAUAUCUCUCAUGCAGUUCUUCCUUGGGGAUUAUCGACCCCUUAUCCGUGAUGCUGCAGGAAACGUUCUUGAUCAGUAUGAGAUCGUUUCUGGUGCAGGAGACACAACUCGCUCCACAUCGAAGGAACAUCGAAGAUCCUCUGUGUGA